GCAAUGCAUACGGCAGACGUUCUCCUCGAUCUACUACUACAAAUCAUCCCCAACCCCAAGAGAUCAAACCCUCAGCCAAGAUCGCUGCCAUGGAGACGUUGGAGCCGAUCCAGAAAACCCUGGGCGAGAUCGACAAACGGAUCCCCGACGCCCUCCGCGCCGCGUUCGGCCUCGAGAAGCGAGCCUCGCGCUCCUCCGAGGACGCCAUCGCCAGCUUCUUCGCGCUGUAUCUAGAGCCGCCGCAUCAUCGGGAGCGCCGCGAGCUCGACGGCGAGGAGCCGCGGGCUCUGAGGAUGAACUGGGCCUCAUGCUACGCGCCGCGCCACAACGAGGACGCGCACUUCGGGCACGACGAGGCCGGCGUCGUCGGCGUGGCGGACGGCGUCGGCGGGUACCGCAAGAAAGGCGUGGACGCCGGCGCGUUCUCGCGCGGGCUCAUGACGAGCGCCUUCCUGCAGGUGCUGGCGACCGAGCCCGGCACGCCCGUCUGCCCGUACACGCUGCUGGAGCGGGCGUACGAGGAGACGGUGGCCUCGGCCGCGGACGGGGGGUCCACGGCGGUCAUCCUCUCGCUCGCCGGCACGGCUCUCAAGUGGGCGUUCAUCGGCGACAGCGCGUUCGCCGUGUUCCGAGACGGCAGGCUCGUGCACCGUUCGCAGCGGCAGCAGAGGCGUUUCAACUGCCCGUUCCAGCUCAAUGCAACCGGAAAAGGGGAGCGCGUGAACAAAGCCGACGUCGGGCAGAUGGCGGUGAGACACGGGGACGUCGUGGUGCUCGGGACCGACGGGCUGUUCGACAACAUGUUCGACGCGGAGCUGGAGGUGGUCGUGCGGAUGGGCAUGGCGCUGGGCUUCUCGCCCAAGAACAUGGCGGACGUGGUCGCGGGCAUCGCUUACGAGAUGUCGACGAGCAAAACCAGAGACUCGCCGUACAGCGCCGACAGCCGGAGGCUACAAGGAGACCACCGCCGCGGUGGGAAGCCAGACGAUAUUACUGUCGUCGUCGCCUUCAUUGUCUCUCUGUACUCUUGAUCCGCAUUUGUUUUUCUGCUUCUUCUUCGGUGCGUUGUGAGUCUUGGGCUUUGGGCACAAGAACUGUCAUCCAUGGACAAGUAAAGGAGUUUCCAACUAGAAAUCAGGUCUUUGGGAAAACGGAACAUGUGUAUACGUUGCUCCUCAAUCGAUCAUAGAGGGCUUGGAAUCUAUGACUUGUAGCCAUUCAGUAGAGCUCUUCGAGUCAGGUGGCUAUUGCCUUCUGGCAGGCUAUGGAACUAUCAUCCAUGGCCACUUGAUUUGGACUGAAACGCCAUGGAUGUGUUUGAUAGGCUGCAUCCCCCAACAAGCCGUACCUGAGAAUCUGGGGCAGGUGCAGAAUAUGAAAUUAUGAAAUCUGUAUAUAUUUCUUUUU